GUACACUAUUCCAUGGUGUACAAAGGCUGUCAUACUGACAGGAUUGAUGUCCCUCAUUGGAAUUUCAAUGGGCUUCCUGGAUACCGUACAGGCAACACUUCAAAACAUCAUCAAUUAGAGCAGCAGAAGACCAUUCAGCCUUUUUGAGGCUGUUUCUCCAUUUAGUGAGAUGACAUCUGAUCUUUUACUUCAACCCAUUUUCCUGUACUGUCCCUUCGUCAUCUGUAAGGUGGAAAUUUGCUCAUUUUGCUUGUGUGGGGCACGGAGGUCGGACCCUAUAUGCAGGCGCUGCACUUCAGUUUUGCUUUAGGUGCAUUUGUGGCUCCUAUCUUGGCAAAACCACUAUUGGGCACCUUACAAAAGCCCAUUGACGACAGCAGGAACAGCCUUUUGAAUAAUACCAAGAGUAGCACUCCUAGUAAACUCGUGGGUUUUAUGGAUGUACUGAAAACAACUGUUUCAGCCUUCACUCCUUUUAUCUGGACGUACAUUGUUAUUGGAAGUUUUGUGCUUUUAAUUUCUGUGUCAUUCUUUGGUAUCUAUUUAAGGAGCAGUCCAAAUCGAAACAGGGCUGCUGUUUCCACCCAGGAGCCUCCGUUCGCAAGAUACCACACUGUUAUUUUGUUCUUCCUGUUCUUCUUCUUCUUCUGGUAUGUGGGAGCUGAGGUGGCUUAUGGAUCGUACAUCUUCACCUACGCAAAAGACUUUGUUCACUUUGAUGACAACCGGGCCGCAGGCUUAAACGCCUUAUUCUGGGGGACAUUUGCCGCAGGGCGAGGACUUGCAAUAUUCUUAGCUGCGUGCCUUUACCCUGGAACUCUGAUACUGCUCAGUCUAAUAGGCUGCAUCAUCUCAUCCAUAAUAUUGAUAAUGCAUUACACAAAUCCAAUUUUUCUGUGGGUGGGCACUGGUCUCUAUGGAGUCUCAAUGGCAGCCACCUUUCCCAGUGGUGUAUCCUGGGUCAAGCAGUACACAAACACCACUGGGAAGUCGGCUGCUCUGUUUGUUUUUGGAGCUGCACUUGGUGAAAUGGUGGUUCCAGCUUUGGUUGGAUUCCUUCAAGGCCUCGAUAUCAUCAGGCAAUAUCCUGUAUUGAUGCUGACUGCUCUGGGCACCUCUGCAAUGACAGCUAUCUUGUUCCCUGUGAUGUACAAACUAGCUUCAUCUUCGAGCAGUAUUCAACCAGAGAACGAUGACCAGAAAGCUCUGUUAGGGUCAGGGCUUGAUGAAGAUGAAAACAACGAUGACUCUCCAGAAGACUGGAACGAUGCAGAUUUUGAAGUGAUUGAAAUGAGUGAUGUAAAGAAUGAUACAGACCGGAUUCCAACGAGGGAUGUUUCAGCAAAGAGCACUGACCUCGUCUCUCCAGAACACAGCUCUUUCCCUUCACUUUCUACCCACAUGUAUCUCGGUGGCUCUCCAAGAAAGAAACUGUUUAAAUUGGAGAGAGAAAAGAAUGUCUGAAUACUACAAACCAAGCAGAUAUGUUUACAAAUCUGUCAGAAGACAAGUUAAAGGAUAAAUUAAAGAUGCCUUUAUACUUACAUUUAAAAUACUUGAUUCUUAUGUGACUGCUUGUAAUUAUAUGAUUAUCAUUGGGGUAAAUUAGCAUUGGUUGGAAUAAAUUAAUGUUGAUUUUGAUGUCUGGAAAGAGUUUUAAACAUUUGCAUGACAAUUUGUAUAUCUCUUGUAGAGGGACUGGGAAUUCUGGUAAAUCCUGCAGUUGAAAUCUUGUUUACAAACUUAAGUCGAUGUGGGGAACUAAUUCUGAUUGUGCUGUCUUGUUUCUCUAUUUAAUUAUUUGUCAGGUUUUAACCAUAAUCUCCAUCUGGUGUGACAAGAACUUAUAGUCACUGGAUUGCAGAACCAUCCUUAGUAAGAGUGUUGUGUGGCCUCACUACUGCAGAACACAACCCUUAUAUUCUCCAGUUGUAUUCAUGUACAUUUUAGGGGAAAAACAGUUGGAUGUUAAGUGUGUAACUUAGUGUGUAAUUUUAUUCACUUGCGGAAACAACUACCUUAUUCAAAAAUCAAAAACAAAAGCAGUACAAAUAAUAAGAAAAUACAUGGGUUCAAUGGACAUGUUCUGUAUGACAUAAUCCCAAGAUUUUUUGACAAUUACUAUUUUCGCCAAUUUUUGGAACAACUAAUGUGUUUCAGAAGAGAUUCACAGUUUUGUUUGUUGUGUGUAUUCGUGAUCUCUCAAAACUCUUAGCUGCUGAAAAAGUUGUUCUUGCCAAUAGAAACAUGUUGCAUUUUUCCAUUUAAAUGAUAGCUAUAUUUGUAAUCUGUUCUCUCAUAUUUGGCAAGAUCAGUCACCCAUAACAAUACCGACUGUCAAAGGAUGCUCAUUUUUAGUCAAUAAAUAAAUAUCAAUACAAAGUGCUGUCCUGCAACCUUGAUCUUUUUCAGGGACUUCAGGAGGCUGCAAUACUACAAACCAAGCAGAUAUGUUUACAAAUCUGUCAGAAGACAAGUUAAAGGAUAAAUUAAAGAUGCCUAACAACAUUCAAAUGAUCAAAAAGCUGAAAAGCUGAGAAUAUUGGAAUAAAAGCUAGUUUUUCUUGAGGAGGAUGGAGGAAGAGGGGUUUAAGGAUGAAAUUUCACAUGGAUUCCAGUAGGUGAAUUCAGAAAUUAGCCUCUUGGCUGUUUAGGAAAGGAAUUUCAGGGUGAAAAUUUAGCAUGAUUCAGGGCAGUAAAUAUUGGGAACAAGGUGGGUGAUGGAUUUAGGGAGAGAAACUGAGAAGUGUCAAACCAGCAGUGACGAAUUUAUGGGGGAUGUAAAUCCGAGGCUGAAGGCAGAGCAGCAAUCUGGGCAAAGUUAUUUUCUGAUCGUCUUUUGCUAAGAAAUGUCAGCCAACGGGCUAGUUUCAUACAAUUUGCAAUCCUCAGUGAAGCAUGAUAA